UAAAAAAAAAAAACAUAGGGUUGGCUACCAUCUCAUCUACUCCUCUUGUAGUCAUUAAUAUCUCUUCCUCAGCUUUUUUUCCCCUCUGUUUAAACUUCAAUCCCUUUCCUUUUUCUUCAUUUUCAUACAAUUUGGUGAAAGCAAUAAAAUUCUCUUUACUUUGUGAACAUCAGAGUAAUGGCAACUACGGCAUUUGUAGAAUUCAGUGUUGUUGUUCGUCCUCAAUCGAAUUUCGUUAAUACUUCAUACUUGCAGCAGCUUCAUAGUCAUCGUCCCUUUUUAUUCCUCAGCAUUCCCAAAUCAACUGCUGCUCUCUCAUUCACUCAAUCUCAAGGUUUUGGAUGUGGAAUUGAGAGACAACAGUGUGAUCGUCGGGAUUUUGUUCAAACAUCAGCUGUUCGAGAGUUGGCUGGUUCUCUUAUUUCUGCCCAAGGACAUCGUUUUGCUAUUGUGGUGGCACGUUUUAAUGAUCUGAUCACCAAGAAGCUUUUGGAGGGAGCUUUGAACACAUUCAAGAGUUACUCAGUUAGAGAAGAAGACAUUGAUGUUGUGUGGGUUCCUGGUAGUUUUGAAAUUGGUGUUGUCGCUCAGCAACUUGGCAAGUCAAGAAAGUAUCAAUCAAUAUUGUGUAUCGGUGCGGUGAUUAGAGGUGAUACCUCCCAUUAUGAUGCUGUGGUUAAUGCUGCCACGUCUGGAGUACUUUCCGCAGGUUUAAAUUCAGGUACAAUUCUUGAGCAUUAUUAGCGCUUCCUGUGGUACGUUAAUCUUCAUGAGAUAUGGAAAUGACAUAUCCUAGAUAUCAUGUCCACUCACAACUGGUCCCUAUCCUUAUUAUUGGUAGUUCCUUCACUCCUAGGUGAUUAACUCUCUGUUACUCGGAGCAUAAUUUGAGUUUCUUAUCCUUUCUUUUAAGAUGGUUAACUUUGGGUGUCCGAGUAAGAGUUGGUAAGUCCGUGUGUAUUUAUUCUAAUGCCAUGUGUGUCAAACAGUGAGUUGUAGAUUAUUUUUCUUCCUCUGGUUUUAAAAUUUGGGUCUAUGAAAGAGUACCAAUUUUUGUUCUUUAUAUGUAUUGCUUAGUUUUAGUAUGAAAAAAGGAAUUGAGUAUUUUAUGAAUUGUGGUAAGAGAAAAGAAUGUCGUUAACUAUUGGAGCGUGUUACCUGUUAAAAAUCUAGGAAUUUAUGUAUGACUGUACUUGUCAAGCGAAAAACCACAUUGUUUAAUUUACUUGUUCAGAAUUGAGAACCAUGUGAUUCUUGGAAGUUUUGAAUGUUAUGUAUUAUUAAAGGCGUCGAACAACUUAACAUUAAAAUAUGGUUCGUAUUUCAUGGUGUGAGAUGUAAUGUUUAAGUAAUUGUAUAACAAUAGGGAGUUCUCUGAAAACUUUCUACUUGACCUCUAAUACAGUGUAUCUAUUUUGUGUUACUGUGCUAGCAAGUUCUCAUGUGUCAAAGCACAGGAAUCUCACUUUACACAUGAAAAAUCAAAGACAAGAACGUAAAUGGUUGAGUCAUCUUAGAGUAUUACCGUUUACCAAUUGGUUAACUCCUGCACACUCAAUUUCCUUCUUUUCUAAUCCACUGCAGUACAAGUAGAAAUGAUACAUCCGUACUUUUGUCACUCUUUGUUAAUUAUAAGAAGAUUGCUCUUAUAAGGACUAUAAUGCAAUAGCCAGUUCUACAUCUUUAUCAAAUCCUGUAAUAACUACAGCUACUUUAAAUUUAUAAGCUAUUCUAUAGUCAUUAUUAGCUGC